AUGGUGGCUUCGCGGGUGAGUGCCAAGCUACUACAUCGCUACAUCGGCACAUCCAUUCCGGACCAUUCGCCAAGCCCCCUGGACAGAGAGGAUGUCAGCCCCGCUGGAAACGGACUAGCGUGGGUGGGUCCAGCGAGGCUCUGGCCCGAUCGGUGCGAGGCGCCAAGACGGACGCUUGCGCGUCUCCGCUAUGUGAAGAGUCGACGGAGGGAAGGCCAGACAGAGGAACUCGGGAGGAAAGACAGGAAGUAG